AAGAAAGUCAAGUGAGAGAAAAAAAAAUAAAAAUAAAAAGAGUUUUUUGACAGGCAUGGCUUCACGUGACAUCUUCAUCGACCAAGAACUUCGAGAAAAGAUACUCACAUGUUCAUUAAUACUCCUCCCUCAUGCUCACAACCAGACACCAUUGAUGAACUCUCUCCCUCACACCUUCUUCUUCAAACUAAACCUCCUUCCUCUCUUUUUAUUUCUUUCCUUCGAUUUAGAGAUGCUUUAACAAAUGGGGGCAGAUCUGGAAAGUGACUAAUAAUGGAAAGUGACGGCUAAGAGAUUCCCUAGGUGGUCCUUUUUAUGGAAACUCUCGAUUCCACCAGUAUAUUUCAUUUCAGAUUCUCUCUUUGAUUCAUUCAUUCAUUCACGGUCGUGUAGUCAUGGUCUCUUCCUCCUCGUCUCCGACCACAUUGUUCCUACUCUCAGCUUCCACACUCUUCCUCUGUUUACUCUCUCCAGCGAGAUCCAACGACGUGGACUCUCUCCUCACCUUGAAAUCCUCAAUAGAUCCAUCAAACUCAAUCCCAUGGCAGCGAGGAACAGAUCUAUGCAACUGGGAAGGAGUCAAAGAAUGUCUCAACGGAAGAGUCUCUAAACUCGUCCUCGAGUAUCUAAACCUAACCGGUUCACUCGACUCAAGAAUCUUAAACCAAUUAGACCAACUCAGGGUUCUCAGUUUCAAAUCAAACUCACUCUCCGGUUCAAUCCCUAACCUCUCCGGUUUACACAAUCUCAAAUCGGUUUACCUAAACAACAACAAUUUCACCGGCCCCUUCCCGGAGUCUCUCACCUCGCUCCACCGAUUGAAAACGAUUAACCUCGCCGGUAACAGAUUAUCCGGCGAGAUCCCGACCUCCCUCCUCCGUCUAUCUCGCUUGUACACGUUCGAGGCUCAGGAGAAUCUCUUCACGGGGGAGAUCCCUCCUCUUAACCAGACGAGUCUCAGAUUCUUCAACGUCUCUAAUAACAAACUCUCCGGCGAAAUCCCGCCGACGCGUGGUCUGAAACAGUUCGAUGAGUCUUCGUUCGCCGGAAACGUCGCUCUCUGCGGCGAUCAGAUCCGAAUCCCAUGCGAAACUUCGCCUACGCCUUCGCCGAAACCGAUACCGAAGAAGGAGAAAGAGAACAAAGCGAAACUAAUCGGAAUCAUCGCCGGAAUCGCCGCCGGUGGAGUUCUAAUCUUCAUCGUUCUCCUGACGAUUCUUAUCCUCUGCUGUAGACGGAAGAAGAAAUCUCCUGGAGAAGAUAGAAAAGGGAAAGGAAUAGCUGAAGGAGAAGGAGGAGCAGCAGCAGCUUCUUCGGAGACUCCGGAGAGAGAUAUCGAGAGGAAAGACAGAGGAUUCUCAUGGGAAAGAAGCGAAGAAGGAGCAGUAGGGACGCUUGUUUUCCUCGGAGCAAGCGAUUCAAGCGAGACUACUACUACGGUGGUGAGAUACACAAUGGAGGAUCUGCUUAAAGCUUCAGCUGAGACGUUGGGGAGAGGGACGUUAGGGAGCACGUACAAGGCUGUGAUGGAGUCUGGGUUUAUAGUCACUGUGAAGAGGCUCAAGAACGCGAGGUAUCCUCGUAUGGAGGAGUUUAAGAGACAUGUUGAGAUUCUUGGGCAGCUUAGACACCCUAAUCUCGUCUCUCUUAGAGCUUAUUUCCAGGCUAAAGAAGAACGCUUGCUUGUUUAUGAUUACUUCCCUAAUGGCAGUCUCUUCACUCUUAUCCACGGAACUAGAGCUUCUGGAAAUGGGAAGCCACUUCAUUGGACUUCAUGUCUGAAAAUAGCUGAGGACUUAGCCUCAGCUUUGCUCUACAUACAUCAGAACCCUGGCUUAACUCAUGGGAACUUGAAAUCGUCCAAUGUUCUGUUAGGUCCUGAUUUCGAGUCCUGCCUUACGGAUUACGGUCUCAGUACUCUCCAUGAUCCUGAUUCGGCUGAAGAGACAAGUGCGGUCUCUCUCUUUUACAAAGCACCAGAGUGUAGAGACCCGCGGAAAGCCUCUACGCAACCUGCUGAUGUGUACAGCUUCGGGGUGCUUCUCCUCGAGCUUUUAACGGGUCGAACACCGUUCCAGGACCUUGUUCAGGAAUACGGGUCAGAUAUCUCUAGGUGGGUGCGUGCGGUGAGAGAAGAAGAGACUGAAUCAGGGGAAGAACCGACUUCUUCAGGGAACGAAGCGUCAGAGGAGAAGCUUCAGGCGCUUUUGAGUAUCGCUAAUGUUUGCGUUACCAUUCAACCUGAGAACAGGCCUGUGAUGAGAGAGGUGUUGAAGAUGGUGAGGGAUGCAAGAGCUGAAGCACCGUUUUCGUCUAACAGUAGCGAACAUUCACCUGGGAGAUGGUCGGAUACUGUUCAGAGCUUGCCAAGGGAAGAUCAAGUGAGCAUAUAGAGAACACAGUGGCUGUGUGCCUUCUUCGUUGCUUUUCUAGAAUAACUUUUGUGAUUCUUGAAGUAGGGUUCAUAGUGUAAAGCUUCUUUCUUUGAUUCUUGUUAUGCCAUUUUGAUUCAUCUACCUGUAGGACUUGCACGAGAUCUUUUGCAUUGAUUAAAUUUGAGAUUUUGGCAACACAGACUUUACUACUUUGAUACAC